AUGAAUUUAUCUAGUCUUCUUGUCGGUCUACCUCAAACUGUUUGGCCCAGACUUGCCCAGUUGUUAUGCUUACCAGAUCUGGCAGUUGUGUGUGCUACUUUAGAGGCUCUUCGGUGCUUAACAAAUCUGGAUGCAACGAUGUGUUUAACUUGCUGGGAGUCCUGUUGCUUAAAUGUAAAUUCAUUCGAUCAAGAAAACAUUCCUUUUAUUUUACUCCAACCCUUGUUAGCAUUACUUACAUUAGAAGGCCAGGCGAUGGGUUCUCAAUCGCUUCAUCGCAUUAGACUUUUACCCCGUACUCCACAAGCUCAAAACGUUCAACCACAACUUCCUCAUGGGACCGGUCUACGAAUUCCUGCUCUUAGUCGUCUGUCUCCUAAUGUGAAUGAGCUCAAUCGAUCCAGGGAUGCGCCAGCCUACACUAAUGGGCAAGUGUUUAAGUCAUAUUUACGCCCAAAACUUCCUGUAGUACAUACAGUUCCUUCUGAUUCUUUUGAUAAUAAUAAUAUUCAUAACUCUUCUACUUCAUCCUUCCGUAAUUUGAAGUUCGAAUCUAGUACUCAUUUAAAACAAUCCCCAAUUUCACCAACAUCUACUUGUAUAUCACAUCCAGUGUACAGACCUCAAAGCGGAAGUACUGCUUGCUCUGGUCUUAUCAACUUACUAUCUUCAGCGCCACCUGCCUCAUCAUCACCUAAUAUUAAUAUGCCAGUUAUCAAUUCUACUUCUCCUAAUUCACCAAAAGUGGUUACACCUAGUCUAUCUGAACUGACGGAUAGACUUCAAAUGCCACCACCUUCCUUACCACCGCCAUCUGCAAUGCGACGUUCCAUAAAACGGACUCAUUCACGGACAAGCCUAAUUUCAUCUCCUACUCAAGCGGCUGAUGCAGUAAAAGUGAAUAUUUCUUCUCCUUGUAGAACUAAUCACUCAUCAGGAAACAUGACUGUAACAGAUCGAAUUAGUCCAACAUCUUUGCUGCUUGCAAAUUCGUGCAAUCUAAGAUCCCAACCUCAAGGAGACUCAGUUCCUUUAGGGGUAUCUAUAAAUCCCAGGGAAAUUCAACAAACUGAGAAACAUGAAGUUUGUUCAGAAACUUUACCCGAUGAAUCUUUAAAUCAAAUAAAUAAUUCUCGUAAUUUACUACCUCAUUUGAAGCCAAUUGUAAAUUAUGAUACUUGUAACAAGAAAACCAAUAAUAAUAGUAAUAAUAAGGACGAGCUAGAUGACAAUGAAAUCAAGCCUAUUGUUAAUGGUGAAAAAACUAUUGAUCCUAUCAUGGAUGGUGAAUUGAAAAGUCCAGUUAAUACUUUUCAUACGAAUGGUCUUCGAACUGGUAUUUUACAAGAAGCUGUUUUAGCUAUUCAAGACAGAAAAUUAAAGCAAACUUCUGAACAGUGUAAAUCAACUAUCAAAUGUGUCAAUGGUGUAUUAGAGACGAAGCGUGAACUAAUCUUAAGUACAAAAGAUAAUUCAAAUAUGGAUACUAACUCGAAUAAUGGUAAAUCAACGCCUUUUGAUAUAUGUGAGAAUUCAAAUAAAAAAUCGAGCAAGGUUUCUUUAAGCAAUGGAUAUUUAAAGGAUAAGAUUCAUGAAAAUGAAAAAGAUAACAAUUCACUAUGUGAAAAUAAUCCAUUGUAUAUUGCUUCUAGUGGAAAUGGUAACGUCAAUAAUGAUGUCAAUAAUAAAAAAACUGAUGAACUGGAGAAAAAUUCAAAUUUCCGGUUUCGCAGUGUACAUUCUCAUAGAUUCUUGAAGCGUCGACGAAAAUGGGGUUCAAAAAAUCGAUUGUUCACACCCAAGCGUCGACGUGAUCUGAUGUCUAAACAUAUUGACUCGUCACCCACUUUGCAUGUUCCAUUAACGUUUAAUCUUGUACCUGGUUCUGUUCUGGAUCCUACUUGGAAACAACCUACCGAUCCAGUAUCAGUUGAAUCCCCUCCAGACACCAGUACUAGCAGUAGUAGUAGUAGUAAGGCGAUAGUCGAACCCCCCUCAAGCAAUGUUAACGAAAAUUCAUCUAUUUCAAAAGAUGUCAUGGACAAAUCAAACAAGCUUGAUUGUGAUGUUUCCGUGACCAGUGAGUCAUCAGAACGCAAUUCAGAAUCUGGCAAUACACUUUACAAUGCUAGUCUCACAUGUUCAGAGGAUCCAUCUAAAACAGUUAACACAGAAAAACCAGUAUUGUAUUUAUGUGAAUGGGAGUGUUGUACAGCUACAUUUGAAUUGAAACAUCAGGUUGCCUUUCAUGUUUACAGUACACACUUACCUAGCAAGGAAAGUUGGAAAGUAGAUGGAUCACAUCAUAAAUGUUCUGUUCAACUUGUACGUCGUUGCUGUCGUUGGCGAGGCUGUCAGUCAGCAUCACUGGCUCGAGCACCGUACGCUUUAAUGACUCAUGUGCUUGAUAUGCAUUGCAGUCCAAGAGAAUUAGAAGCACGAAGAUCAAAUCAUGCAAAGUCUAAAACUGACUACAGAACUCGAAAUGAACAUUUUUCUGAUGUUAAUUCAUCGAUUGGAGAUACACAUCCAGAAUAUCCUUUAGUUGGUGAUCGUACAGGAUGGGGAAUCAUUCGUUCUGUUGAAGCUAAAAAUAUGCAAACUGAGCUGUUGGCUGCACAACAUCAUUUUCUACUUACAAAUCCCAAUUGUCAUUCAAAUAUCUCAAUAAAUCCACUGGUUCAUUCAGGCAUGAAUAAUCCACCACGUGAAGGACCAGUAACAAAACAUCUUCGAGUAACUUCCGCACUUAUAUUAAAAAACCUAGCAGUACAUGUUGAUCAAGCGAGAAGGUGGUUACUUAAAGAGUCACAACUUUUAUCAGAAAUAGCAUUUGGCUGUACACCAAGCGAAACAGGAUUAAAAACAAACAAUGCCAGUCAUAUUAUUGCCCAAUGUUUAUCUAUAUGUACCUUAAAACAAAAUUCUACGAGUUGCGUUUUAUCACAUCCAUUAGAACGCUCAUUAAACAUUCCGUUAUUAUCUACAGACGCUUGUUCAUCGUUGAAGAUUCAACCGAAUGAAUCGACAAUAUAUCAGUUGAAAGAAUCUACUGUAGAUCUAGAUUCAGAUACUUGUAGUUAA